AAAUACAAAAGCAGCUGGGAAGCGGCGGCGAGACGAGUUCCCAGCGCCGGGCAGAGCGCCGGACCGAGCCCCGCAGCGCUCCGCAGCCGCGAUGGGGCUCAGACGCCCGAAGACCCGGAGCCCACACGCUGCCGGGCCUGCCUCGCCACCCGGACCCGGGCGCCCGCGCUCGGAUUGAAGCGGCGGCGGCCGCCGCGGGAGCAUGGGGAGGAGGAUGCGGAGCGCCGCCGCCUCCGCGGGGCUCUGGCUCCUGGCGCUGGGCUCGCUACUGGCGCUGUGGGGUGGGCUCCUGCCGCCGCGGACUGAGCCUCCGGCCUCCCGACCACCGCCAGAAGACCGGCGACUACCUCGGCGUCCAGUCCGGGGUGGCCGCCCCGCGCCCGCGCCUCGCUUCCCGCUGCCCCCGCCCCUGGCGGCGUGGGACGCCCGCGGCGGCUCCCUGAAAACUUUCCGGGCGCUGCUCACCCUGGCGGCGGGCUCGGACGGUCCGCCCCGGCGGCCCGCAGGCGAGCGCAGGCGGCACGUGCCCUCCCGGCGGCCGGGGCUGGCGGAGCGCGCGGCGGUGCGCGGGGGCGUCUUCUGGAGCCGCGGUUUGGAGGAGCAGGUGCCCCGGGGCUUCUCCGAGGCCCAGGCGGCGGCGUGGCUGGAGGCGGCGCGUGGCGCCCGGGUGGUAGCUUUGGAGCGCGGGGGCUGUGGGCGCAGCUCCAACCGGCUGGCCCGCUUUGCCGACGGCACCCGCGCCUGCGUGCGCUACGGCAUUAACCCGGAGCAGAUCCAGGGAGAGGCCCUGUCCUACUACCUGGCGCGACUGCUGGGCCUCCAGCGCCACGUGCCGCCGCUCGCCUUGGCCCGCGUGGAGGCUCGGGGCGCGCAGUGGGCGCAGGUGCAGGAGGAGCUGCGCGCAGCGCACUGGACCGAGGGCAGUGUGGUGAGCCUGACGCGCUGGCUGCCCAACCUCACCGACGUGUUGGUGCCCGCGCCGUGGCGCUCGGAGGACGGCCGUCUGCGACCCCUGCGCGACGCCGGGGGUGAGUUGGCUAAUCUCAGCCAGGCGGAACUGGUGGACCUCGUGCAAUGGACCGACCUGAUCCUCUUUGACUACCUGACAGCCAACUUCGACCGACUUGUGAGCAAUCUCUUCAGCCUGCAAUGGGACCCGCGCGUUAUGCAGCGUGCGACCAGUAACCUGCACCGCGGUCCCGGCGGGGCGCUAGUCUUUCUGGACAAUGAGGCGGGCUUGGUGCAUGGCUACCGAGUGGCAGGCAUGUGGGACAAGUACAACGAGCCGCUGUUGCAGUCGGUGUGCGUGUUCCGAGAGCGCACGGCGAGGCGCGUCCUGGAGAUGCACCGCGGUCAGGACGCGGCGGCCCGGCUGCUGCGCCUCUACCGGCGCCACGAGCCUCGCUUCCCCGAGCUGGCCGCGCUCGCCGACCCUCACGCUCAGCUGCUGCAGCGCCGCCUCGACUUCCUCGCCAAGCACAUUUUGCACUGCAAAGCCAAGUACGGCCACCGGCCGGGAACCUAACAUCCUUCCAGGAAGAAAGAUUCAGACUGGGCUAUGGAUGAUGGGAGAAGGGCUGUCACCUGUGCCGACGCCUGGGACCAGCUGGCCAAUGCUCAGCCAGUAGCCCCGGGCACGAAAGUGUCUAAAAACUUCUGUAUCACCUACCUGCCCCUUUCUUUUAAUCCCACGCUGUUUCUUUCAAAGCCUGGGAGGGCAAACUUAUGAGGCGAGAAACGUUAACAUUCCCUCUACCCAGUCUAUAAAAGGAUUAUUUCCGAGGUUGGCCGGGAGAUCGGAUCCGGAAAAAAUAGGCUGCUGGCGCUUUGCCCCUGCCCGGGUGGCUCGCCCAAUGAGAACUGCGCCUCCUUCUUGGGACACCCACUCCCACUCCCAUUCCAAAAAAGGAAAUCUUCCGUUUGACCUUGAGCUAAUUUUGCAAUUUCCUACCAAAUGCUGCACUGGUGGCCCUGGAGCAGGGCUGUGACAUUGGCUGGUGGAGCCCCCUUCCUGUGUUCUCGCUUUGUUCCUGCGCCGCGAUGGUGAGAUCACUGUUCAGAGCCGUGGACAGCCCCAGUAGUACAAAGAGAGCAAGACCUUCAAACCCUGGGGAGCCCUACAGACCCUGAUGGUUUGUCUGACUCAUUCCUGACCUCCUGCUCCACUGGUCCUGAAGGCUGUGAAUUCAGGCCUGGCUGUGAGCACCUGAUCAAAUAAUGAGUUGUUUCUCCCUGCCCCUCCCAGCUGACCAAAAUUUUGACAAUGAUGAUGUUGAGGAGGAAGAAAAAAAUCAGUUCUGUGCACUUUACUUUGUUUUUAUUUUAAUUUUUUAUUAAGAAAAACUUUUUUAUUUGACAGAAUUUGCCUUCUUUGUAUAUAUGAGCAUAAAGUGUGGUGUAAAUAUACUAAACAAACUUAUAUUUCAAUAAA